AGGAGCCUUUAUUCAGCUGCUGAUGAGGGACAGAGCGGAGGGAAGGAUGAACAGAUAGAGGGAUGAGUGAAUGAAUGAACGGAUCCCGACCCGGGCUUCUUCCAGAGAACCGAACCGGCGAGAAGACUCAAACCACGAUUUGGACGUCACUCCGCGCUGCACCGACCCGUAGAAGUCAGUAGAGUCCAGCGAAGACUGCAUCAGCAGAAAUGGCUCCAGCAGCCACGUCUGCGUCCUCUCUCACCUCCCGCCUCUCCUCACCCCUUCUCUUCUUCCUCCUCUCUUCCUUCCUCCUCCUGUCAUGUCCUGGACCGGUGGACGCAGGAUCAUCUGAGAAGAACUGUUCAGCCAGUGGAGACCCCUGUCAGGAAGGAGUGGUGCUGCCCGUGUGGAACCCUCAGAACCCCUCCGUAGGCGACAAAGUGGCGCGGGCCAUUGUUUACUUCGUAGCACUCGUCUAUAUGUUCCUGGGCAUGAGCAUUGUAGCGGACCGGUUUAUGUCUUCUAUAGAGGUCAUAACCUCCCAGGAGAAAGAAAUCACAAUAAAGAGGCCGAAUGGUGAGACGACCACAGCCACGGUCAGGAUCUGGAAUGAGACCGUAUCUAAUCUCACUUUAAUGGCCUUGGGUUCUAGCGCCCCAGAGAUACUGCUGUCAGUUAUUGAGGUGUGUGGUCACGGUUUCGAGGCUGGCUCUCUGGGUCCCAGCACCAUCGUGGGCAGUGCUGCCUUCAACAUGUUCGUCAUCAUCGCCCUGUGUGUGUACGUGGUUCCUGAUGGAGAGACGCGCAAAAUCAAACACCUUCGGGUGUUCUUUGUCACGGCAGCCUGGAGUAUCUUUGCCUACAUCUGGCUCUACCUGAUUCUGAGUGUCUUUUCCCCUGGAGAGGUGGAGGUUUGGGAGGCAGUGCUGACCUUCCUCUUCUUCCCGCUCUGCGUGGGCCAGGCCUGGGUGGCCGACCGCCGCCUCCUCUUCUACAAGUACGUCCGCAAGCGUUACCGUGCCGACAAGAACCGCCGCAUCAUCAUCGAGACCGAGGGAGGGCCGGACGGGGGGAUGGGCAUGGACGGAGGAGGAGCUCUGGGUCCGGGGGGGUUCACCAAGAUGGACAUGCUGGAGCUGGACGGACAGAUGGCGUUGAAUUGCCACAGUGGGAUGGACGGAGGGAUGAUGGAAGAUGGAGGAGCGAAGGACGAAGAGGACGAAGCCAGAAGGGACAUGGCGAGAACGCUGAAGGAUCUGAAGCAGAGGCACCCGGAUAAAGACAUGGAGCAGCUGAUUGAGAUGGCUAACUAUCAGGUCCUGAUGCAGCAGCAGAAGUCCAGAGCCUUCUACCGUAUCCAGGCAACAAGGAUGAUGAUCGGAGCCGGCAAUAUCCUGAAGAAGCACGCUGCCGACCAGGCUCGCAAGGUGGUGAGCAGCCACGAGACGCAGGUGCAGGAGGACGACCCUCACACCAUCAGGAUGGAGUUUGAACCUGUUCUGUACCAGUGCUUUGAAAACUGUGGCUCCUUAAAACUGACCGUAUCCAGACACGGAGGAGACUCGGGAGUUACUGUCAAGGUGGAUUAUCGCACAGAGGACGGUACAGCAAACGCAGGUUCAGAUUAUGAGUUUGCAGAAGGAACGCUGCUGUUUAAGCCAGGAGAGACCCUCAAAGAGAUCACAGUCGGAGUGAUUGACGAUGACAUCUUCGAGGAGGACGAGUAUUUCUACGUCCAUCUCAGUAACCCUCGAUUAGUUGGUUACGCUGAGAUUGGCACCGCCCCGCUGGAUGCCAGUGCCACGCCCAAAGCCGUGCUGGGGGACAACCACACGGCCACAGUGACCAUCUACGAUGACGAUCACGCAGGCAUCUUUACCUUCGAGUGUGGCAGUCAGAAGGUGAGCGAGAGCGUAGGUGUGAUGGAGUUGAAGGUGCUCAGGACUUCGGGGGCCCGAGGCCUCGUGGCGGUCCCCUACCGGACCGUGGAUGCCACCGCUAAAGCAGGGGAGGACUACGAACUGUCCGCGGGCAAGCUGGAGUUUCAGAACGACGAGACCAUGAAGAUCAUCGAGGUGAAGGUUAUUGAUGAUGAGGAGUAUGAGAAGAACAAGACCUUCAUCGUCGAGCUGGGAGAGCCCGUUCUGUUGGAGAUAGGGCAGAAACACGGUGACUCCAAUGAGAACAAGCCGCUGGUGGGAGCAGAAGACGAAGAGGUGGCCAAGAUGGGAUGUCCCAGUCUGGGCGAACACACACAAGUGGAGGUGGUCAUAGAAGAGUCCUAUGAGUUCAAGAGUACUGUAGAUAAGUUGAUCAAGAAGACAAACCUGGCCUUGGUAGUGGGAAGCAGCAGCUGGAGGGAACAGUUUGUCAACGCUGUUACUGUCAGCGCAGGAGACGACGACGACGAGGAGAGCGGCGAGGAGCGGCUGCCGUCCUGCUUCGACUACAUCAUGCACUUCCUCACAGUCUUCUGGAAGGUCCUGUUCGCCUUCGUCCCUCCCACGGAGUACUGGAACGGCUGGGCCUGCUUCAUCGUCUCCAUAUCGCUCAUCGGCGUCCUGACGGCGGUCACCGGCGAUCUGGCGUCACACUUUGGAUGCACGAUAGGACUGAAGGACUCUGUGACGGCCGUGGUGUUUGUAGCGCUGGGAACAUCUGUGCCAGACACAUUCGCCAGCAAGGUUGCCGCCAUCCAGGACCAGUACGCCGACGCCUCCAUUGGAAACGUCACCGGCUCCAACGCCGUCAACGUCUUCCUUGGCAUCGGCGUGGCGUGGACCAUCGCUGCCGUUGUUUGGCGCUCCAAGGGCAAGCCGUUCAAGGUGGACCCGGGAAACCUGGCCUUCUCCGUCACCCUCUUCACCAUCAUGGCCGUGUUGUGCGUGUUCAUCCUGCUGUACCGGCGGCGGGCGUCGGUGGCCGGCGGAGAGCUGGGCGGGCCGCGGACUUGCAAGAUAAUCACGUCGCUGCUGUUCGUCUCCAUGUGGCUGAUUUACAUCAUCCUGGCUUCACUGGAGGCCUACUGCCAUUUACCAGCGUUUUAAACGGAGAAAGAGAGAGAGACCCACUGCCAAUCUGAAGAGAGAGAGAGAGAGAGAG